GAUUAUGUUCCACUCACAAAAGACUUCAAAUCAUCCUUUUUAAAAAAAUUUUGUAUGUCCCAGAUCACAGCUUGAACUGUGACACAAAAGGAAAAAAUCGGAAGUUCAUAUUCCUUGAUUCGCUCUCUAAAAAUCAGUGUCCCCCACCCGUCGCUUUCUCUCUCUGCAGACCUCUUUGUGUGCUGUGGAGAGUGGACUGUGGAGAGGGCUAAAAUCAGUUAUUCUAACGGCAGUUUUCAGAUAGAAGGAUAAUGGGAUCUCGGUUACAGAUUGAAGGAGAUGAAUCCGUACUUGUACGGGUCACUCAUUCCAAUAUUAAGAGCUUUUCCGCUGAAAUCCGGUUUUCACUUCAGAUGACAGUGGAAGCCGUUAAAGAGAAGCUUUGGAAAAAGUGUGGUACUUCCGUCGAUUCAAUGUCCCUAGAGCUCUAUGAUGAAACUGGUGCUAAAAUCUCAGUCCUAAGUGAUAAUGCAAGACCACUUGGUUUUUAUUCCCCAUUGGACGGUUAUCGCCUGCAUGUCAUUGAUCUUGAUCCAUCAUCAGUGACUUCUGGAGGUUGGCUCGAGGACACAUCACUUGUGGAGAAGUACACUAUCUCUGACGAGGCUUAUGGGAAACUUGGUGGUACUUUCAGAAAAUUCAAGGAAACAUUGCCGCUUAAGCAACCGCCUGGUCAAGAAUCUAAAAUAUCUGACAACUAUAUGGGAGAUCUAUGUGCAAAUAUUAAGAUAGGGGACAGAUGUGAAGUGGAACCUGGAGAGAGAAGAGGGACGGUCAAAUUUGUUGGUCAGGCAGAAACACUUGCACCUGGGUUUUGGGUUGGAGUUCAGUUUGAUGAACCAGCAGGAAAGCAUGACGGCAUGGUGAAAGGGAAACGUUACUUUGACUGCCCUCCCCUUCAUGGUGCAAUGGUCCGACCAGACAAAGUAAAGGUUUGUAUUAGGGGUAUCGUUUCCAUAUUUCAAUGCCCCAAUAAACUUGCCAGAUUGGAGAUUAUCCAGAAGAAGACCCAUUUGAGGAAGAGGAAAUUUAAAUUUCAAGAAAUCGCCAGUCUGCUGCUCCGUUUGCUUGAUCUUUUAAUAGAUAGGAAAUGCAGGUUUUAAAUAUAUAAUUGAGCAGAAAAGAUGAGCAAGCUUAACCUAAUUGAUAGUCACGGUAAUACUCGGAAAAUUUUCAGGUCGAUGACGAAACCUGAAACUUGCUAUUGUGCUUGUGAAUGUGUUCUAACUGUUGAUUAUAAGUACAAAUCGGUUAGCAAGUUUCAGAGAUGUUUAUUUCAGGGGACAGAAGCUAGUGAUGGGGUACGCUUUCACUACAAACAGGUGACAUAGCACCUAAGUGAAAUAUAUCGUAUACGAUAAGUCUCCUUUUUAAACUUCAUCUUUGGGGAAACAUUCUCCUUAGCACUUGUAUCCAUAUAUUCAUCCUUUCAAAUCAUUUACUGCAAAGUGUCCUACUGUCUUUAACA